AUGGAGACUAAGAAAGUGCAAUGGCAGAUUCUGGAGAUCACCAAGUGGGAAGAAGGAACCCUCAAGUCUGAGAGAUUCGUCGCCGGCGAUUGCGAAUGGAUCAUUGUUGCCAAGUUAAAGAACGUUUGCGGUGAAGAUUAUCUCUCUCUAUUUCUGCGUUGUUGUACCGAUAAGGGAGCAAGGGACUACGGUUGUCGAGACAUUUUCGCCGAUUACAAUUGUCGAGACAUUUUCGCCGAUUACAGCUUCAUCGUCGUCAACCGAUUGUGGGGAGCCAAAUCAUCAUUAAUCGAAGGUGGGAAACGCCAUUUUAGAGUAGGUGGGAAAGGCUGGGGAUUCAAAUCUUUGAUUCGACUGGGAGAUCUUCUCAAGCCCCUGAAAGGGUUCCUUGCGAAUGAUGAUAUCCUUAUUCGAGCUCAUGUUUCUACAGUUAAACAAGAAUCGACAUGGUUGUCUGAUCUUGAUGAUAGAACCCGGGAGGAAUACACGCCUAGAACUCAUCAUCAGGCAGGAGCAGCAGCAGCGGAUUCUGAUACAACUGAAGAAACGGACAUUGGUUCUGAGGCACCAUUAAUUCGAGCUCAUGUUUCUAAAGAAGAAUCGACAUGGUUGUCUGAUUUUGAGGAUAGAACCCAGGAGGAAGACACACCUGGAACUCAUCAUCAGGCAGGAGCAGCAGCAGCAGCAGCAGCAGCGGAUUCUGAUACAACUGAAGAAACGGACAUUAAUUCUGAAGCAUCUGCUGAUCAUCAAGAAGAAGAGGAAGAAGCAUCCGAUUCUGACACAUCUGAAGAAACGGACAUGAAUUCUGAUGCACCUGCUGAUCACCAAGAAGAAGAGGAAGAAGCAUCAGAUUCUGACACAUCUGAAGAAACGCACAUGAAUUCUGAUGCACCUGCUGAUCACCAAGAAGAAGAGGAAGAAGCAUCGGAUUCUGUCACGGAUGAAGAAACGGACAUGAAUUCUGAUGCACCUGCUGAUCACCAUCAACAACCUAAUGGCGUCAUAGCUGGAUCCAUCGCGGAACCAAUGAAUGAGAGGCUCUCCUCCGGACGCAGAAUUGAUUGUGUAGCUCAUCAGGAUCCUGAAAGGCUUCAGGCUACCACUUUAUCAGGUCAAGAGGAGCAGCCUACUGAUCAGCCUGAUGGUGCCAACAACCCUCCAACGAAAGAGUCCCUUCAAGAACAGAGAAAUGAAGCUGUUGAACAACCAGCAGCUACGGUUUUGGAUUCAGCUACCGAAGGGCCUCCAUUAUCGAGUCAGCUCGCCGGGCAUGUUAAUAUUACUGAAAUUAAUGAUCAGAGCUCCCAGCCCCGCUCAAUAACAAGUUUGCUAUCAGCUUCAAGAAACUUGAGAGCAGAACUUUCAGCCGCGACCAGCAAUAUGAAAUGCGCUGCAGACGAUUCUUCUGCCUCACUAGUGCAACAGCAACGAGAAAAAAUGAUUGCCUACUUGAACAUGCCGCUCGUAGAGAUCCACAAAACCGAUUCGUUCGAAGAUGUCGAGGAGACUGCUCUCCUAUUUGCUGAUCCAAGUGAUGAGACAACUGUGAAGGGCUUAAUUUUGGAACUCAAACGCGGCGUAUCUGGCUCCAUGCAUGUCAUCGAAACUUCCCAUGCCACUGAAGCUUCUGUGGCACAGAGGAAUGAGGACGUGGAAGCGAGGCUUGUUCACAGGCAGAAGCAGUUGAGCUGCUUGGAGGGUGAAUUUUUCCGACUUGGGGAAGAAGGAAAGAAGCUUGAUGCUGAAAUCCAGCAAUUGAUUGCUCGUAAGAUCAGGGUUGAGGAUCAGACGAAGACCACCGUUGGUGCAUUGAGGAAGACGAGGGAGAGAGCUUGCAAGGAAUUGGAAGAGGCCAAGGAGCAAAGCAACAAACGGAAGCGGGCUUCUGAGAAUCGGUUGGUUGCCGAGGAGAAUCUUGCUCAGUUCAAUACAAGUUGGAAGCUUUUGAAGUCUACGUUGGGAUUGUGA